AUGUAUGCGGCACAGGUAACGAAACACUUUAUGAAAACGGGUCGAACUCGGCUUUUCCUUUCCAGCACCCAAUUUUUCUUCAGCAGAAGCUGUCCUGUUCGACCCGGCGCACGUACUCUACGAAAAUUGACCACCGGCGUCCAAACAAUACCUACCGCAGGCUUUGAUAUCCUUCCUUUGCACGUACCGAUUGAGGAGGAGACUACUCCGAGCUAUGCUGCAGAAAAGUUCUAUCCCGUGAAACUUGGCGAGAUUUUCCAUGCUAGAUACCAAGUGCUUGCGAAGCUAGGGUUUGGCACGACUUCGACUGUUUGGCUUUGCCGGGAUCUCCAGAAAGAUUGUUAUUCUACAAUGAAGAUCUGCAUUACUGGACAAGGCAUCGACAAUGAAGUGAAGAUAUCGGAACAAAUCAGCAGUGUCAUCGCUGAGCAUCCUGGGAGGGAGCGUCUGCGAAUGGUUCUAGAUAACUUCAAAGUCGCCGGGCCCCAUGGGUCACAUGAAUGCCUCAUUUUCGCGCCAUUAGGAUUGACGUACACUGACUUCAGAAUGCUUUUCCCUGAAAGGGGUCUCAGCAAGGAGAUUUUACAGCAAACUCUGGCUAUGCUUAUCCUAGCUUUGGAUUUUCUCCACCAGAUUGGAGUGGUACACACAGGAGUGAAUGACCCCAACGCGAUCGCAAAAGUCGAGCAAGGGGAACUGAAAAGUCCGUGCCCCCGCAAGGUACUCGCCGAUCGUACGAUAUAUCGUUCCUGGACCAUGCCCAUCACCAGCGGGGCACCGGUUCUUUGCGAUUUCGGAGCAGCUCGUCUGGGAGAGCCAGGACAGAAACACUCUGGAGAUGUUAUGCCGGGCGUUUAUAGGGCACCUGAAAUAAUACUGGAUAUGGAGUGGGACUCGCAGAUAGACAUAUGGUCUAUUGGUCUCAUGGUUUGGGAUCUAUUCGAAGGUGGCCGUCUCUUCCGUGCUGUGAAGGAUGGUCAUCUCGAUGAUGAGCAGCAUCUUGCUGAGAUGGUAUCUCUUUUGGGGCCGCCACCGAAGGCUUUCCUCCAGAGAAGUAGCAAGUGCCGGCAGUACUGGGAUUCCGACGGGAAUUGGAUCGCUGCGACGCCAAUACCUGCCCAAUCUCUGGAAAGCCGUGAGAAACGAUUGAAUGGCGAAGACAAGGCAUUGAUGCUUCAAUUUGUUCGUAAAAUACUGCGAUGGCUCCCUGAAGAUCGGUCAUCGGCGCAAGAUCUCUUCGAGGACAAAUUUCUCACCCAGAACAUGUAA